UGUGGGUUGUCAAUGCGAUGCUGUCAAAAUGCGCUAAUGCUUUUGAUUGCGACCACUUCGAUUUAUUUGGUCUAUUUAGAUUUUAGGAAAUACAUUACCAGUCGUGAGAAGACUUGUGUGUGAAGGAUAUUUUUGAUCUAGUUCUGAGGUACAAUUUGUAAAAAUGGGGCGCCGAUCGAUAAAUACCACGAAAAGUGGUAAAUACAUGAAUCCAACGGAUCAAGCGAGGAAAGAGGCCAGAAAGAAGGAGUUGAAGAAGAACAAGCGGCAAAGACAAAUGGUUAGAGCAGCUGUGUUGAAAAUGAAGGAUCCGACUCAGAUAUUAGAAGAACUACAGAAAAUUGAUGAAAUGGAAUACAAUGUUUUACAACCAUCACCCUUAAAUGAAAAAGUACUUAAGGAGAAGAGAAAAAAGUUGAGAGAAACAUUUGAUAGAGUGCUGAAAAUGUAUGACAAAGAUGAUCCAGAAAAAUGGGUUGAGCUAAAGCGGCAAGAAAUGGAAUAUGAGAAAAGGAGAGCUCAUCUCAUUUCAUACUAUGAGUCUGUGAAAUUGGCUCAAUCGGUGCAAGUGGAUGACAUUCCCUUACCUACAUUACAAAUGCCUGAGAACUAUGUCUAUGGAAACAUGGCGUCGCAAAUACCGAUGCCAAUGGACAUAGCACCACCUAGCGCGCCAAUGAAACCCAUUCUCAAAAAGGACUCUGUCUACAAAGAAAGGCCAGCGGGCGCAGAAGCCCCCGGCGUGCCGCCCGGACCUCCGCCGGAGUUGGCGCUGCUGCUGCUCGAGGCCGUGCAAGAGGCGAAGGAAACGGGCAAGGAGAAGAAAAGUCUGCGGUUCUCGGACUUGCCCGAUGAAGGCCCGCCUGGAGAGAAAUGCAUCCCCAUGCCGACAAGCCUCCCCCAAGCGUUAGAGGACUUCGACGGCGAAGCGGAACACAUGGACCACAACAUGGAACAUAUGGACGAGGACACGGAGCUGGCGAACAAUGCCGCCCCCAAACCGACGUCGCUGCAGCAGAGAAUGUUGGCGCUGUCCGGCCAGAAUAUAGAUGACUUUAUGAAGGAAAUGGAGGAGGUGCACAGAAAGAGAGAAAGAGAUAGAGCGGCGGACUUGAAUGCCAGAUUGACAGCACUGAAACGUUCCGGGGGCCAUCGCGAUAGCGACUCCGAUAGCGAUAACGAAACGGCAAUGCCUCCCCCGGCUAUGCAAGUUAUGCCUCCGGAGUUCAUACUGGAACCCCCCGGCGUCGAAAUGAGACAGAUGCCGCCUCCGUUGAUUCCCCCAGGUCUCCGCCCCCCGCCGCUCCGCGUGCCGCUGGGCCCCCCUCCCCUCCGCCUGCCGGCGCGCGCGCCGCCCGGGCCGCCGCCGGGCCCGCCGACCGGCCCGCCCCCGGGCCCGCCGGCCGGCCUGCCGCGCCUGCUGCGGCCGCCCGGCCCGCCGCCCGGCGCGCCGCCGCGCCUGCUGCGCCCGCUCGUGCCGCCGCCGCCGCCCAAGCAGAUGCCGCCCUCCGUGCUCAUGGCCGCGCCCAUCAUACACAAGAAGGACGGCCCUCAAGGAGCCACAAUCACUGCCAAGCCCCAAAUCCGCAAUCUAUCCGCGGACGUGACUCGCUUCGUGCCUUCCGCUCUCCGCGUCAAACGAGAGGACAAGAAAGCCAACACGAAGCUCAAGCCGGCGGUCCAGCGGCCCGAGAGCGUGCCCAAGCAGGCCCCGAGCAAGGACGACGCUUACAUGCAGUUCAUGAAGGAAAUGGAAGGCUUGUUGUAA